UCAUACACACACGGCUUUGUUUGUCAACAAAGCAACCUCUUUUUUUUUAAAAAAAAAAAAUAAAAAAAUAAAAAAAAGAACACCGAUAAUCCAACGAGCGUUUCUCUUCGGCUUCGAUUCUCUGGAAAUCUCUCAGUCACUGUCUCUCUCUCGAUCUGAUUGGGAUUUGUUCAGCUGUCACCUGGGUUUUGUUUGUUUCUCUGGAAAAUCGACGGGGAAACGCGAGACAGCUCGAAUCUGUGAGACGCAACCUGAACCCCUUCGCGCUGGAUCCCCGAGCAUGCUUCUUCGUUUCUCGUCAGAUUCGCGCAUGUUGCGGCGGCUCUUCUCCGUUUGACCUCUUGAUCUCUUCUUCGAUUCUUCGCCUCAGGGUUUUUAAUUUGAGGGGAGGAUUUCGAAAUUUUAGGGGAAGAUAGAAGGAGAUGAUGCUGUUCAAAUCUAGAAUAAAAUGGAUUGCACUCCUUGUGCUGAUCUUGUCAGUGGGAUCUCUGGUUAUUCAUCUUUCCAUUACCAAGUCUUCAGGUGUACAGUUAGUGCAGUAUUCGAGAGGAUUUGGACAAGAAGUAGGGAUACAGAGUUUUACCAGUAAACACCUAUGGCGAUCUGUGAAAUCGUUAGAAACCUUGCAGCCCUACGCCAAUUCAAGAAAUAACUAUCCUGCGCCAAGUCAGGUGAACAAUGGCUUCAUCUAUGCAAAGGUUUUUGGUGGAUUUGACAAGAUAAGAUCUUCAAUAUGCGAUCUUGUCACCAUAUCCAGGCUUCUAAAUGCUACUCUUGUCAUUCCAGAGCUCCAAGAAAGUCUUCGCUCAAAAGGCAUCAGCUACAAGUUCAAUAGCUUCUCCUACCUUUAUGACGAAGAACAGUUUAUAGCCUUUCUUAAAAACGACAUUACGGUUGUGAAGGCUCUUCCCGAGAGCUUGAAGGGUGCAAGAAAACGGAACGAGUUCCCUAUCUUUAAGCCCAAAAGCUCUGCCUCGCUUAACUUUUAUCUCGAUGAUGUAUUUCCAAAGUUAAAGAAAGAAAAGGUUAUUGGAUUGAUUGUCUCCAAUGGAGGUUGUUUGCAGUCUGUUUUGCCAGCUUCAAUGUCCGAACUUCAAAGACUUCGGUGUAGGGUUGCUUUCCAUGCCCUUCAGUUCCGUUCAGAAAUUCAGUUGCUGGGAAAGAAGAUGGUCGAGAGGUUAAGGGGAUGGGGCCAACCUUUUCUAGCUUAUCACCCGGGCCUAACGAGGGACACGUUGGCUUAUCAUGGUUGUGCCGAGCUUUUCCAGGAUGUUCACACUGAACUCAUUCAGUACCGACGUGCUCAGAUGAUCGAGCAGAGGAUUAUUUCAGAUGAACUUAGUGUAGACUCGCACUUGCGCAGGGACAAGGGCUUAUGCCCUCUAAUGCCGGAAGAGGUCGGAAUUCUUCUGAGGACAUUAGGGUAUUCUCCCAAAACGAUCAUUUACCUGGCUGGACCCGAGACUUUUGGUGGCCAAAGAGUUUUGAUCCCUUUGCGUGCCAUUUUCCCGAAUUUAGUGGAUCGGACUUCCUUAUGCAGCGAGGACGAGUUAUCCCGAUUAGUUGGUCCUGAAACGCCUCUUCCGCAGAACACCUUCAAAGUGCCUCCACGAAAGAGCGACGAGCAACUAAAAGAAGAGUGGAACAAGGCAGGCCCUCGGCCUCGGCCUCUCCCACCUCCUCCAGACAGACCUAUCUACCAACACGAGAAAGAAGGAUGGUAUGGUUGGGUUACUGAGAAUGAGACGGAACCAAUCCCUUCCUCCAUGGAUCUUAGGGAUCGAGCUCACAGGUUACUAUGGGAUGCUCUCGAUUAUUUCGUCUCUGUAGAAUCUGACGCCUUCUUCCCGGGUUUUAACAACGACGGUAGUGGGUGGCCGGAUUUCGCUAGUCUGGUCAUGGGGCAGAGACUCUACGAGAGGCCCUCUUCACGGACGUACCGGCCAGACAGGAGGGUUAUUCAAGGUCUCCUCAACAUGACAAGGGAGAACAUGUACCAUCCAAGACAUAACUGGACACUUGAUGUGAAGAAACAUCUGAACUCGAGUUUGUCUGAAAACGGGUUUAUCAGGCAGUCCGUUACAUCGAAACCGAGGUUGUUUCUUUCGCACCCACUUCCCGAAUGCUCAUGCAGAACAUCGCCUGUGGAGGAAUCCAAUGUGGUGCGGGAUGAUGAUGGAAGACAUCUCUAUGGAGGCGAGGACGAAUGCCCUAAAUGGAUCAAAUCUGCCGGAAGGGAAAAGAAAAACCCAGAUGACGACGAUGAAACAUCAGACUACGAGAACGAACCUCUGUCUGAACAGUUAGAGACCGAGGAAGACUACGCGAGAACUAAAGUAGCAUUGGCCUUCGACCAGGAUGAUGAAUGGGAUCCGAAUGACUAGAAUACACAGAAUUCGAGUUUCGUGAAGAUUCUUUCGGGAGGACGAAGCAGCAAACGAGAAGAGGUUCUUUUGUUCCCCUUUUUGAUCGGUUUCUUCCCGGCUUUCUUUUUUACCAUUUGACGUGAGAAUAAACUUGCAGAGUCAUAUUCUUUGGUCGUAAGCUAUUUGCAGAUUGCAAAUGGAAGUAAGUUAAAAGUUGCAUACCUUCAUAGUUCAUACACCACAAAGGGCUUAGGAAACAAGGAUAGGAAUGCUUUUAAUCUCUCUUAUGAAACAGAUGCAAUCUUUGAUUAAGUUUUUUUUUUUUCUCUCGUGAUGUAAAUUCUGCUUCAGAUUUUUUUUUUUUUACUUUCGGUUU